AUGACUGUUCUUCAAGCUGUGCGCAAAUAUCCCAAGGCUAUAUUCUUCUCAGCUUUGAUGUCGCUAUGCAUCGUCAUGGAAGGCUAUGACACUGCACUCAUCGGGAACUUCUAUGGUUUUAGUCCGUUCAAUCGCAAAUUUGGCAUCCGAGUCAACGACGGUACUGGACAGUAUCAAGUGCCAUCUGACUGGCAGUCCGGCUUUCAGAACGCGGCUGCUGGAGGUCAGCUCAUCGGACUUCUUCUCGCUGGUCUUUUCAUCGAUCGAUUUGGCUACAUUAAAGCCAUCAUAGGUGCUCAGGUCCUUACCAUCAGCUUCAUUUUCCUGAUGUUCUUUGCGCAAAACAGAUCGAUGCUACUUGCUGGCUAUCUUCUUUGCGGCAUCCCUUGGGGCGCUUUCCAAGCCUCGGUAACUACGUAUGCUGCUGAUGUUACACCCAUGCGCCUUAGACCAAUCCUCACCACCUUUGUCAAUAUGUGCUGGGUCAUCGGUCAAUUUUUGAGUGUCGGCGUUCUCAGGGGAGUGAUUGACAGAGAUGAUCAGUGGGCUUGGCGCAUUCCGUACGCGGUUCAAUGGGCAUGGCCUCCAAUCAUCAUCGCUGGUAUGUUAUUCGCUCCAGAGAGUCCAGCAUGGCUUGUCAAAACAGAUCAGGUCGAAAGAGCUCGAAAUUCUCUUCUCAGACUUAGCUCCGGACACGUAAAUGAGGUUGAACAAACCCUUGCCCUCUUGGUGCACACCAAUGCACUUGAACAAUCAAUGGAGAUGGCAAGUGAAAGCGUGUCCUACCUAGAUUGCUUUCGAGGAUCCAAUCUAAGACGCACCGAAGCCACCUGUGGUGCGUGGUUAGCACAAGUUCUUGUGGGUAUCUGGUUUGGGUCAAACAUCAUCUACUUCCUCCAGAGAGGCGGACUGGACGAAAAUGUGUCUUUCAACUUCGGUCUCGGUCAGCAAGCACUUGCACUUAUCUGUACUUCUGCUUCGUGGUUUGUGAUGACGCACUUCGGCAGGCGCACUAUCUACCUCUUUGGUCAGGCCGUCAUGCUCAUCUCACUGCUAGUAGUCGGUUUUCUGGGCAUCCCAAAAAGCAGCUCUACCAUCAGCUGGAUUUCGGGCGCCUUCCUCAUCAUCUUUGUUAUCGCCUAUCAGACGACUGUUGGUCCAGUAUGCUAUUGCCUCGUCACUGAGCUACCUAGCGCUCGGCUUCGCAUCAAAACAGUCGUUCUAGCACGCAUCGCAUACAAUCUAGCAGCUCUCGGCGCAAACUUCUUGAACCCACCAAUUCUGAACCCUUUGGCCUGGAACCUUCGCGGAAAAGGAGCAUUUGUCUGGGUCGGAUUCUGCGCUCUUACUUUUGUGUGGUCGUUCUUCAGACUGCCGGAAACAAAAGGGCUUUCAGUUGCUGAGAUUGACCUUCUGUUCGAGAAGAAGGUGUCGGCGCGGAAGUUCAGUAAGACGGAGGUCGAUGUUUUUGUCGAGCCCAUCAAAGAAUGA